UUUUUGUCUACAUUUUUUCUCUUUAAUACCGUUUUUCUUUAUACCUUUUAUCAAUUAUAACUUAUUUUAUUUUAUUUAUUUUUAAUUUACUUUGGCAACUCAUUUCUUUAUAGUAGUAACUGUAAUUUUAAAUUGCUUUUUUCAAUGCUUUUUAUUGCUUUAUUUAAUAGUUGGAAAUACCAAACGGAGCCAGAAUGCGGCCAUCGAAAAUAUUUUACUUUAGCACUUUAUUAAUUUUAAGUUGCUUAAGUUUCACAAAUACUAGGCCAGUGCAGGGAGACGUCCAACACCGAAUCGUACAACCCACUUGGCUCUCGGACAAUAAUCGCGUAGAAAUGCCUACCGAUGGCAAAGUACGCAUCACGCCGGAGAAUCUGCGCGAGACAGCUGAGUGGCGUGCGAUCAUACAAAAGGCAGUAAAUGAGGGGCGUUACGCGGUGAAUUUAUAUCACGAUCUACCAGAAUUUAAUCCUGAGGAGCAUUUUCAACCGCAACCCUUUCCACAACCGCCGCCACAAUUCGGUCCACCGCCCUUAGCACCUUUUAAUCCACCAUGGCUACCACCGUUGGCACCGCUACCGCAACCUAAUCCAAUGCACAGCAUUUGGAGAGAUUUUAUGGAGAAUACGCGUCGCAUGUGGGAAAGAAAUUAAGUUGUAUAAGUUAAUAUUUAUAUACAUAAGUACUGUGAUUAACAAUACAUAGACAUAUAUUGUUAGGUUUUAUAAAUUAUAUUACUUUAUUGUGUAAAUACCGAGCUUUGUAUAGUUUAAAAAAGUAUAUUUGUUUGUUCAGUAUUAUUUUUUUUUUUGUAAAUCGAUUUUGUAAAUUUUCUUCUACUUGCAAGGCAUGCAUAUAUUAAAUGUUUUUAUUAACAGCAAAA